AUGGCAACCAAGACCUCAACCCCAGCACCGCGCGUCGUUACUGUCAAGCCAAAGCAGCCUGUCGAUAUCGACAGGCCGGUAUGGCAGGUGGCUGACAAGGCGAAGGCCGCCUUGAGAUCUUUAGAAGGCGGCGAGCUACUGCAGCUGAUCCUGCGUUAUGAGGAGGAAGAGAUCCAAUUCCUCGGGUCGCACAAGGUCAACCCGGACUCGCUGCCCACCUACUUCGAGUCGCCCUCUCCUCAAGUCUAUUCAUUCUACCAACACCCACGCACCAACAAUGUGCUAUUUAUAUGGACUCGACAUGGCGGGCACAAUGCGACGAAACGUCUUGCCGCGCAGGAUGGCGUUCGGCUGGAUCUACUCAGGAUCGCCAAGGAGCAGGGCAUCAUCAUCAAGAAAGAGAUCACCCAGAAAGAGGGCGAGGUCAGUGGCGAUCAGCUCAAGACCGAUGUGGCUUCUUCGGGCCGCCAGUGA